ACUCGACAUGAUAGGCUUUGUAACAUGGCGGUGUGAGGAGUUUACAUAUCAACAUUGCAGCAUAAUUAUGUCUCCAAUCUAGAUUAGAUGCCUUGGUAGAACAUUGCCGAAGAUGACAUAGAACAUGGAUAACAAAAAGUUAAACUUUGUAUAGAAAUCAUAGAUUGAAUAAUGAAGGGUGUGUUAAAGCUCUUGGUAUACCUACUGUGCCUGUCCCUCUUGCUGGAGCUGGUACUUGUCAGCGGAGUGGAGUACACCUUUAAGAGGUACAGCUACAAGAAGAAAAGAGAUGACAAGCGUUACAAGCAAGUGAAAGACAGAUGUGAACGAGCUGGAGUAUGUGAAGGGAAGGGGAGUCUGGACUUCAUCAAGUGUCUGCGUCAGUGCAUGGCCGAGAAGUGCUAUGAUGAACUGUAUGGUGCUGAUGAGUUGGAGGAAGGUGAAGUGGAUGUGCGACUCAAUUCUUUCAAAGGCUGUCUUUAUCAACAGAACUUCUAAAUGAAGAAAAGUUGUGGACCCAGUAGUAUUUCCAGUGGAGGACUUCAGUUCAAAGCAACAAGGCAUAGAGUUCUCAUCACCUCCAUUAAUACAAAUUCACUUAACUGGUGAAUAUGGAACUUACAAAUGUUCCCAGUGCAUUUCUCAGGAUUUUCAUCAAGUUUUUGGGUUGUAUUAGAUCAGCAGCAGAAAUUGAAAGGAGUAAAAUGUUUCCUGUUUAUCAAUAUUUUCAUGUCCUGUAUAAAAUACAGAAAUAAAAACAAAACUCAAA